AUGAAUGAUUCUGAACCAUCGACUGAGACGUUUACACCCAUUCAAUACGAGCCUGAUAAUCCCGCCAGUAUUACACGGCGGGGGACACCUGUUCAAGCAGGCUCCUCCCGAUACAGUCCAUAUGCACGUAGCACCACGAGCUCAAAACCCUCCACGUCGUUGGCAUCGGCCAGCAUGAUGGGCGAUGCCGAGGGUCCUCAAUGUCCUCUAAAGGUCCCCCAACCUAGCAUGAAGGACUAUGAUGCAACACAAACACUGGCUGUCCAUUGGGCACAAAAGCGCCUCAUUAUGGACAGUGUAUUUGAGGGUUGGAUCAGAAACACCAAAGAUGAGAAGGCCAACAUGGACACCCGCGUCACUGAGAUCAUCUCUCAGGCUAAUAUAAAAUUCAAUUGUAUGUUGCUACCCAGCAAAUAUCUCAAAGACUGUAUAAUCAAUGCCUUAAUCAAGAAUCGCAGAGCGCUCGCGAAAAAAGCUGAAAAUUUUGUGCAUUUAUACAACCUCGAACCGCUGUAG